GUUCGCUCGGAGCUGAAACGGCGACUGGACAGGGAGAUAUCAGUCAAUGUCUUUCAAGGCCAGGACACGCGAACGAAAGCGGGAAUUGGCGAGGUCCCACAGCAAAAAAUGGAGGGGCCACGUUCUCCUGAGGGCGAUGGCGACUCACAGGAAGAGGAAUAUAAUGAACAAGCGAGCGCAGUAUGGAGAUGCUAUCACCAGAUAAAAUUCAACUAA